AUGGAAAAUGAAGAAGAUAAAGAUAUGGUUAUGUUGCAUUUAGUCAGAAGAAACAACAAAAGCUUUUAUGACUUAGCUAAGAUUUACAAAUCUGACAGAAACUGGUUCUAUCGUGAAAACUUACCGAUUUCAAUGACCCCAAAUGAACAAGUUAAACAAAUAGUUCAAGAUACUUUACCUCAAACACACUAUGAUAUUAAAGGUUGCACAAUACUUACAUUCAAAGAAGAUUUGCCAUUACUGAAGGAAAAAAUAACAGAAUAUUUCGAUAACUUCAAAGAGGAAGAAUGA